GAAGUGACAUCAUAAUGAUCCUAAGUGGAACCAAGUCAAAACUUAGAAUGAAGAACAAGAGUAAUGUGUGCUGGGCCUGGAAGAGUUGUUCUGAUGAAUUGCUUUGAAUAGAAGACAGACCACUAAGUAUCAGUGCUACAUAAUACUAAAUCAAAGGCAGAAGACAACCAAAGUCGGCCAUGUGUGCUCUCACCCUUUAUUUUAGAAUAGCACUGGAUAACACCUUGGGAAAUAAGAAAUUCACUCUCUUGCUUCUCGGGACUUGGGCAUUUUCCAUUCUGUCUAUGUGGCCUCUGACUGGCAACUGCCAAUACUUCAAUCCUCCUGAAGUAUUGAUACCGUUCAGGAUAACUGGCACUUCUAGAGGCACAAAGAAUACAGGCUGGGUCUCCUACAGACUACAUCUUGCGGGCCAGCGACACAUUGUUCAUAUGAAGACCAAAACGAUGUUGGUGCACAAACACAUCACUCUGGUCACCUACACAGACCAGGGCGUGCUCCAGGAAGACCAAACUUUUAUCCCGAGGGAUUGCUACUAUCAUGGGUAUGCUGAAGGGGACCUCAAGUCUCUGGUUGCUCUUAGCACCUGUUUUGGUGGUUUGCAAGGAAUGCUAUACAUAAACAACUCACUUUAUGAAAUCAAGCCCAAAAAUCUUUCUACCACAUUUGAACAUUUGGCAUAUAAGGUGCACCCCAAGGAGGCUAACUCCUACCCCUUCCCACAUGAAGUGACAGAAGAAGACACAUCAAAGGAAUGGCAAAUGAAGCUUAAAGAGAUUAAGCAUUCCAUUCUGAAGCAAAGUACCACUAAAAAUUGGUAUGUCCACCAAUUUUGGUAUGAGUCUGGUUUUGUGGUAGACAAUGCACGAUAUGUUUAUAAGGAAAGGAAUGUCUCAGCAGUUCAAAUGGAACUAUUAUUAAGUGUCAAUCUAGCAGAUUCUUAUUUUAAAACAAUGGGUGCUGAUGUAGUAGUUGUGGCGAUUGAUGUAUGGACUGACAGAGACCCCGUUACUGAGACAUCAAGUAUACAGAAUCUGAAAAAUAAAUUUUGUCAGUGGAAAACAAGUUUCUACAAUCAACGUGUGAUUCAUGAUGUUGUACUUCUCAUCACUGUGAAAACAUUUUGUACUGACAUUACACAACAUGCAUCUUUUUGGGGAUUAUGUCUAGAACAUCAGAGUUGUGGAGCAGGGUGUCAUACAGGUGACAACGUGCUUAUCUAUGCAACAAUUGUGGCUCGUAUGAUUGGAUUUCUUUCAGGGUUGCGUGAGGAGUUCGUAUUUUGUCGAUGUGAAGGCCCUUGUAUCAUGAACAGCACAAUACCAAUUGCAAAUGCUUUCAGCAACUGUAGUUUUGCCACAUUUAUGUUUGGUGUUUGGGUUCUGAAAACCUGUCUAUAUAACGCACCUCAGAAAGUGUUCAGAAUCGAGUUCUGCGGGAAUGGUGAGCUUGACCAGGGAGAGGCUUGCGACUGCGGUACCACAAAAGCAUGUGAAAAUGAUCCAUGCUGUACAACAAGCUGUACUCUGUCUGAUGGUUCUAACUGUGCUGCGGGGCUUUGCUGCGAAGACUGCCAAAUUGUAAAUGGUACCACAGAAUGUAGAGAACAGAUCAGUGAAUGUGACCUGCCAGAGUUUUGUGAUGGAAUUUCACCUGAGUGUCCAGAAGAUGUGUAUGUGGCUGAUGGGUUUCCUUGUCUGGGAAAGGGCUUCUGCUUUCAAGGGACAUGCAAUAACCACAAUUUCCAGUGUAAGAAAAUAUUUGGUUCAUCUGCCAGGACUGCCAAUGUGCGUUGCUACGAAGAACUCAAUUCCAAAGGUGACCGCUUUGGUCACUGUUCUAGACAUAAACUGGUAUACGAGAGCUGUAGUUCUGAAGAUGUUCUGUGCGGUAGAAUUCAGUGUGAUAAUGUGAAAGAAAUUCCUAUUUUGAAAGAACAUGAAAGCUUCACUUGGAUUAAUUUGAAUCCUGAGCAGUGCUGGAGUCUUGACUAUCAUUUUGGAAGGACCGACAAGGAUAUCGGUGCAGUGCCAAAUGGUACAGAGUGUGGUACUGGAAAAUUUUGCAUCAAUUCGCAUUGUGUUCCUAUACCUCGGUGGCCUAUUUGUACACCUGGAAACUGCAGUCGGAGAGGCAUCUGCAACAAUAAACAUAACUGCCAUUGUGACCAGAAUCAUGCUCCACCCACCUGUAGAUCUAAUGGAACUGGAGGUAGUGUUGAUAGUGGCCCACCUCCUAAGAUGAAAAAUCCCCUCUUCGGCUCCACCCAGGCCACGAAAGGCAAAAAAAAGAAAUCUCUGACACCGAUUUUGAUUGUGAUUUUUGUUGUCAUUUUGUUGUUACUACUUGUGCUUUUUGUUUUGUCCAAAAAAUCACCUCCAGAUCCACCUGGCAAAGAGCCACCUAAGAAAUAAUGGCAAGAAGUUACAGUGGUGAAAAAUAAAUUCAAUCCCAGUGAAA